AUGUCCUUGAAUAUAUCAACCAGUUAUCAUUCACAUUUUUCACAUACCAACCAAUCACAAGUUUGUUUUCAUUAUUAUUUAAAUCCAUUACCAUCAUAUGAAGUAUCACAAUCGUUUAUUAUUUCCAACGAACAGGUCCCAUCAAAUCAAAAGAUAAAUACACCUUUACAUGAUGAAAAUCAAUGGUCUCGAUCGAAAAUUAUCACACAACACCCAUACAAUGACAUAAAUUCUACUCAAACAUUGCCAAUAUUGUAUGAUGAUUACAAACACGUAAAAACCCAUCGACAUAAAUUACGGAAACAUCAUAAACAUCAACAUGUCAUAAAGAAACAAUCGUUAAAACCCUCAGUAUUGACUUCUCAACGUUCCGACACUGUUAAUGAAAACCAACAAUCUGAAUUUCUUUCUUCAAUCAAGCAAUAUUGUUAUAUUUUACGAGACCAAUCCGAUAUCAUCUCUGACGAAGAACUAACUGAUCUACUGACAAAACUUACACUUGCACUGAAAAAUUCUUAUAAUAAUGACCAACAACAAUGGUUCAACUUUGUUGAAAUUCUUGAUGCACUUAUAUGUGUUCGUCCAUCAAUAUUAGCAUCUGUUUCACAGAAUAAGUUUUUUUCUGUACUUCAAGUAUCCUUCAUUGAUAUACUUCGUCGAUGGUGUCAUCUCUCAUCUCUACCAGAUCUCGAAUCUUUUAUGUUUCGUUCUACGACUAAAAUAAUAAGUAUAGUAAUCAAUAAUAUUCAAAACAUUAAUUAUCUUCCGUCAUGGAUAUCUGAUUUUACCUUGCUUGAAACGAUUGCUAAUUGUCUUAUUGAUAUAGCCAUUUCAGCAAAGUUUCUCGACGAUAAAAAUACUCGUCAAUUAAAAAUUUUCACAUAUUUAAUUCAAGCAUACACUGAUUAUCAACAUUUAAAUGAUAAAAAUCAUUCAAAUAAAGAUAUGUUUUUGCUAUUAAUUGAUCCUAUAGUACAAUGUCUCGCUUCAUCUCAUUAUCUUACAACUUUUACAACUAUGUCACAAGAAGAAAAAUCAAUGACAACUAUUGAAGAGUUUUUCCUGCUUAAAUGUCCGUCAUUUCUCACUUCAUACAAUGGGUCUCGCCUCGAACAAAUUAUCGAAAAUCUACUUUCAGUUAUGCUACCACAAUAUAUAACAUUAUUAGAUAAGAUAGUUCCUACAGUGCACAAUUGGAACCAAUCAACAAUUGAAGCUGUCAAUCAACUAUUACAAAUAAUCAAUCAUGGAGCAAGUCAAUUUCAAAUAAAUGCAAAACUUGUUAGUAAACAUUUAUCAUUAAUUGAUCAUGUAUUAAAAUUGCUCGAUGAACCAAUAUUUUAUAAUAAUCUACAAGGAUCAUUAUCGAAUUUAGAAACGAAUUUUAUGAAUACAGCCAUUAGUUUUCUUGUAAACAUGAUCAGUGAACCAGCUAUACUUGCUCAAAUAAAAGAAUCUUCAGUAACACCUGUAUUUCUUCGUUUAACAUCAUGUCAACACGAAUCAUUAGUACUCAAUGUUUAUACUCUUCUUGCAUACACAACAUAUGAAGAAGAUAUUAAAGCGAUGCAUAAUCCUGGUCGAUUACUUGCUACAAUUAUUGCAUCACUAAAAACAACACUCAAUCGAAAACCUGAAAAGAGAACUGAAAUAGAACAGUUACUUGAAACUUUGAAAGGUCUAGUUCAACAUGAUCAAAUAAAAGAUGAAAUUAUAAAACAAAAUGCACUUCCAUUUCUUCUCGAAUGUACGAAUCAAUUAACCAGAAGAGCAUUGAUAUUAAUAUUUGAAAUUUUAUGGUGUUUAACAUUCAUCGAAGAAAUCGCUCGUGCUCUACGUGCUGAUUCGAAUUUUCUUGACAAAAUUCAAACUAUAUCGAAGGACAACAACAAUGAACCAUUGAAAAAAGCAAUUGAUGGACUCGUUUGGAAACUUAUACAAGAACCAGUAUUCUUAGAAAAGGUAGAAAAACAAGAAGAAGAACAGAAAGCGCAUGUAAAUGUAAUAAAUACAAAAACAAAAGUACAACUAGGGUCAGAUAAAAAAGGACAAGUUCGAACAACAAAACAGCGCAGUGCAACGCCAACUGAACGUUCAUAUCAAUAUGAUAUUAUGAUCUCAUAUUGUCAUGUUGAUAAAGAACUAACUUAUAAAAUACAGCAAUAUCUUGUUAAUCAAAAUUUUAAAGUAUGGAUUGAUUUGAAUAAUAUGUAUGGACCAGCAAUGAGUGCUAUGGCUGAUGCUGUUGAAAAUACAGAAUUUGUCAUUUUGUGUAUGUCAGAUUCGUAUAAACAAAGUACAUAUUGUCAAGCUGAAGCUGAAUAUGCAUUUAAAUGUAAACGACGUCUUCUUCCGUUAGUCAUGAGACAAGGUUAUAAACCAGAUGGUUGGUUAGGAUUUAUGAUUGGAUCAAGAAUAUAUAUAGAUUUUGGUCGAUAUGAUUUCGAUACAGCAUGUGAGAAAUUAAUGACAGAAAUUAAUUUACAAAGACAACAGGCUGUGCCAGCUGUAAUGAUCGAUCCAUCAGAUCAUGAAAAACCGGCAGAAAAAAUAUCGACUGCAAUUAAACUUGUUCAAGAAAAUAAGAAACGAUCACCUGAAAUUAUGCCUAAAAAUUCGGCUGUAAAUAAAGAUGCGGUAUCAUCAACAUUCAAAGCUCGAAAAUCAACACUUAAUUUUAUUCGAAAGCCAAUUAAUGAAUGGACCGAACUGGAUGUAUUAGAUUUUCUCUCAGCUCAUCGUUUAAAUUCCAUAAUACCAUUAUGUGAAGCGAUGAAUGGUCGAGCAUUGAUGGAAUUAUACAAAAUGUGUACAAAUCACAGACUUCGAGCAUAUUCUGUACUCAAAAAUGAGCUAAUAUCGAUGCAUAAAGCAAGAUUAUCUAUUAGUAUUUACUCUCGGUUUUUAAGUCUUCUUGAAGAUUUUAUCAAGUUCCACGUGGUACUAGCACCAUCAAUGAAUAAUCCUGCAACGAUUCUUGCUCCUAUUCCAUUUGUACCAGCUCCAGCUCUGAAUAUGCCUUACGAUUUUUCAAUAAUAACAAAUGCAUCUCCUUUAGAUACAUUAGAAAUGGUCAACUGUUUUGGUCCUCAAUUACUCUUACUCGAUAAACUGCGUAGACAACUAACAAAUGUAUCUCAAUAG